GGGCGGUGCCCGGAGGCCUUGGGAGCCCAGGGGAGCGCGCCGGGCGCCAGACACAAAGAGCGGCUGAGAGACGCGCGACUGGGAGCCCACCCGGAUCGCUUUGCAAUAGGUUCCCGGCGUCCACAUCGCGGACUCAACGCGCGGAGAGCGGAGCCUCCCACUCCCCAGCCUGCUAUGGGAUGGACAACGAAGAAGAGAACCACUAUGUCUCACAGCUCAGGGACGUCUACCGCAGCUGCGACACCACAGGGACCGGGUUUCUGGACCAAGAAGAGCUGACCCAGCUCUGCACUAAGCUUGGCCUGGAAGAGCAGCUGCCAGCACUUCUUCAGAUUCUUCUUGGAAAUGACCGCUUGGCCAGGGUCAACUUCGAGGAAUUUAAGGAAGGUUUUGUGACUGUGCUAUCCUCUGGCUCUGGUGUAGGACCCUCUGAUGAAGAAGGUAGUUCCUCGGAGUCAGCUACUUCCUGUGCUGUCCCUCCAAAGUACAUGAGUGGCUCUAAGUGGUAUGGCCGUCGGAGCCGACCUGAGCUUUGUGACCCUGCCACUGCAACCAAAUAUGGAUCAGAACAGCAGCAGGCCAAGGGUAGUGUGAAGUCACCUCUGAGGCGGUCUGCAUCCCUAGAAAGUGUGGAGAGCCUCAAGUCAGAUGAAGAUGCUGAGAGUGCUAAGGAGCCUCAGAAUGAAUUGUUUGAAGCACAAGGCCAGCUGCAAUCCUGGGGUUGUGAGGUCUUCGGGACACCCCAGAAAUCCUGUAGCCCCUCCUUCGACACUCCUGAGAACCAGGUCCAGAGCAUCUGGCAUGAGCUUGGGGUUGGCAGCAGUGGUCACUUGAACGAGCAGGAACUGGCUUUGGUCUGCCAAAGCAUCGGGCUCCACGGGCUUGAGAAACAGGAACUUGAAGAAUUGUUCAGCAAACUGGAUCAAGAUGGAGAUGGCAGAGUGAGUCUUGCGGAGUUUCAGCUUGGCCUGUUCGGGCAUGAGCCUCCUUCGCUUCCAGAAGCUUCCAGUCUGGUCAAACCAAACAGGCCUUGGUCUCAUUAUCAGGAGGAGAACGGCUGCCCUACAGCCACGACCUCGUCCCUCGUGUCCGUGUGCUCAGGCCUGCGCCUCUUCUCCAGUGUUGACGAUGGCAGUGGCUUUGCCUUUCCAGAACAAGUCAUCUCCUCAUGGGCCCAGGAGGGCAUUCAGAAUGGCAGGGAGAUCUUACAGAGCCUGGACUUCAGUGUGGAUGAGAAGGUGAACCUCUUGGAGCUGACCUGGGCCCUUGACAAUGAACUCCUGACAGUUGAUGGUGUCAUCCAGCAGGCAGCCCUGGCCUGCUACCGCCAAGAACUGAGCUACCAGCAAGGGCAAGUGGAGCAGCUGAUGCGUGAGCGGGACAAGGCGAGGCAGGACCUGGAGAAAGCUGAGAAGAGGAACCUGGACUUCGUGAGAGAGAUGGACGACUGCCACUCUGCCCUGGAACAGCUCACGGAAAAGAAAAUCAAGCACCUAGAGCAAGAGUACAGGGGAAGGCUGAGCCUCCUGCGGUCGGAGGUAGAGAUGGAGCGGGAGCUGUUCUGGGAGCAAGCUCGCAGGCAGAGAGCUGCGCUGGAGCAGGAUGUGGGCCGCCUCCAGACUGAAGAAACCAGUCUGCGGGAGAAACUGACCUUGGCCCUGAAGGAAAAUAGCCGGUUACAGAAGGAAAUCAUAGAAGUGGUGGAAAAGCUUUCAGAUUCGGAGAAGCUGGUCCUGCGCCUGCAGAGUGACAUCCAGUUCGUGCUGAAGGACAAGCUCGAGCCUCAGAGCAUGGAGCUCCUGGCCCAAGAAGAGCAGUUCACAGCCGUCCUGAAAGAAUAUGAGCUCAAGUGCAGGGACCUACAGGACCGCAAUGAUGAGUUGCAAACGGAGCUAGAAGGCCUGAGGGUGCGGCUUCCCAGGAGUCGACAGAGCCCCUCAGGGACCCCAGGCACCCAUAGAAGUCGGCUCCCUGGACGUGGCCCAGCAGGCAAUCUGUUCGUGGGUGACUCUGCUCCGAUGAGUUUGGAGACAGAGAUAAUGGUGGAGCAGAUGAAGGAACAUUACCAGGAGCUCAGGAUGCAGCUGGAGACCAAGGUAAAUUACUAUGAGAAGGAAAUUGAGGUCAUGAAGAGAAACUUUGAGAAAGAUAAAAAGGAGUUGGAGCAGGCGUUCCAGCUUGAGGUCAGCGUGCUGGAGGGCCAGAAGGCAGAUCUAGAGGCCCUGUAUGCCAAGUCUCAGGAGGUCAUCCUGGGCCUGAAGGAGCAGUUGCAAGAUGCAGCACGGAGCCCUGAGCCCGCAUCAGCUGGGCUGGCCCACUGCUGUGCACAGGCACUGUGUACUCUGGCCCAGCGACUAGAAGUGGAGAUGCACCUGCGACACCAGGACCAGCUGCAACAGAUAAGGAGAGAGGCAGAAGAAGAGCUGAAUCAGAAGCUGUCGUGGCUGGAAGCCCAGCACGCGGCCUGCUGCGAGAGUCUGUCCCUGCAGCAUCAGUGUGAGAAGGACCAGCUGCUGCAGGCACAUCUGCAGCGAGUGAAGGACCUGGCUGCUCAGCUUGCCCUGGAGAAGGGCUGGAGGGAGGAGCGGGAACAGGAGGUCCUGGCCCACUGUCGGAGGCAGCAGUUAAAGCUGCAGGCUGUGAUGAGCGAGGAGCAGGCGCGCAUCUGCAGGUCAUUCACCCUGGAGAAGGAGAAGCUGGAACAAACCUAUAGGGAUCAAGUGGAGGGACUUGUGCAGGAGGCAGAUGCACUGCGUGCUCUCCUGAAGAACGGAACCACUGUGGUGAGUGACCAGCAGGAGAGGACACCCAGAUCCAUGUCCCUGGGUCCAGACAGCAGGCAGCAGCCACCAGCUCGGCCAGAUGUCAGCCCUGAUGGACGGACAGGAGCACCAGCAGAAGAAUGGCCUGGCCAAGGGAGAGCUAAGGGGAGUGAACUUCCUGGCCAGCCUUGUGGUGUAGUUGCCAUGCCAAGCCCAAACCCUGCCCUAGUGUCCAGAAGAUCCCCGGAGAGCCUGGGUGUCAGAGACAACCAUCAAGGUCCACUCAGUUCUGAGGAGGGAGCUGUUCCAAAAGAGCUAGAGCCUCCUGCCAGGGCCUUAACAGGCCAGGAUCAGAAGCUGUUCUUACCUACUCAGCUCCAGAUGUUGGAGCCAAGGUUGGACCCAACUGUUCUGGACAGGAAGCCAGCCCCUGUUUGGGUUCAGGGACAGGUUUCAAAGGGGCCAACUGGGGAUGCUGAGCGUGUCCAACAGACUUGGCUCCAUUUCACCGAAGAAGCUUCCAGGCCCUCACUGCCCUGCUCUGAGCUCCCAGAUUCACAUGAGGCCAAGUUCAAACACCUUGCCACCCUGGGGGAAACGGAGGCCAGGGUGACAUCAGUGAUGUCAGAGAGUGAGAUGAAUGAUGUGAAGACCAAGCUUCUGCAGCUGGAAGACGUUGUUCGGGCUCUUGAAAGGGAUGCGGAUUCCAGAGAGAAUUACAGGGCUGAGUUUCAGAGGCUUUCUGAAGAAAACUUGGUGUUGAAAAGUGACCUGGGGAGGAUUCAACUGGAACUAGAAACUUCAGAGAGCAGAAAUGAAACACAGAGGGAGGAGAUUGAGGUUUUAAAGAGAGACAAGGAACAGGCCUGCUUUGACCUGGAAGAGCUUGGCACACAGACUCAGAAGUACAAGGAUGAAUUGUCACAGCUCAACUGCAGGAUCCUUCAGCUGGAAGGGGACACGUCUGCCCUCCAUACCCAGAAGGAGGAAAAUCGCGUUGCCAUCGAGCUGUUGAUGCAGAAGCUGGAGGAGGCUGGGUGCCGGGAGGAGCAGCAGGGUGUCCAAAUUCAAAACCUUGAAGUUGAACUUGAACGUGUAACUGAGGAAUGCCAGGGCUUACGACUGUCACAUGCAGAGAUGACAGAAAGCCUCAAAGAGAGUCAAGGCCAGCUGCAGAGUGUCCAGCUAAUGCUGGAGGCUGCACAGUCCCAGCAUGGCCGGAUUGUCCAGUGCCUGCAGGAGCAGAUGGGUCACUUGGUUCCUGGAGCUCACGUAGCCGAGCUACAGCACCAGCUCAACCUUGAGGAGGAGGCUGGGAGAUGGCUAAACGCACUGCAGGAAGAAUACAAGCAGCAACUGAAGGCCAAGGAGGACCAGGUGGAGGAUGUCGAGGCUCGGCUGCGCAAUGUGGAGUGGCUGCUACAGGAGAAGGUGGAGGAGCUUCGAGAACAGUUGGAGAAGAACACCAGAUCUGAUCUGCUGCUCAAGGAACUGUAUGUGGAAAACGCCCACCUCAUGAAAGCUGUUCAGCUCACAGAAGAGAAGCAGCGAGGUGCUGAGAGGAAAAACUGCGUCUUGGAAGAAAAAGUUCGAGCUCUCAACAAACUGAUCAGUAAGAUGGCACCAGCGUCACUUUCUGUGUAGAAGCUGCUGAUUCCUAGAGUUUCAAAUAAUUCUACUCUGAUGCCAUAAUUCUCUAUGGCUCACUAGCCACACUCCCUGGACACGUAAGGACUGGCUCCUGUUCGCCCUGCAAGCAUUCGACUGUCUCCUACGUGCCAGGUGCUGGGGAAGUGAGUCUCGGGUAACGUCCUGGGUUAUGUCCUCAAGUUUGAUCCUCUUGAAAGACUCAGGCUCUCAGCAGAGAGCAACAGAGAGAAAGUGGCUGAGUAUUUGAGUGCUGUGCUGGAAGACUGAAGUGCAGAAUCAGGUGCUCUCCAUGUGGGUCAGUACACCUCCAGGAAGAGGUGGGCCCCAGCAGUCCUCUGCGCUCCUGGAGAUGGGAGGGGGGAGACAUCGGAGGUGGUGCGCUCAGGGAUAGCAGUGUUCGCUGUGCAAGUGCAAUCUCAUUACAGAAAUGUUGUCCCACUGGAAAUUGUACAUAUAUUUUUAAAGGUAUAGUUUUAUAACUGAGAUGCCUAAAUUAUGACUAUUUGGUUUACCAGAGUAUUCUACUGUGAUAUGAAAAGUUACUGUAUUUUCAAUAACUUCUUUUCUAUUAAAAUUGAUUUAACUCUUUAA